CAAGAGAUAGAAUCAGAAUCUGAUUGAGUUUCUCCCUAAACCGAAAAGUGAAAUUUGUUUACCAAUCUAAUAGAUUGUUUGGAAUUACAAUUAAUUAAUUCUUACCUUUUGUUGAUUGAUGAAUUUACUGUGUGUCACAAUUAGAAUUUAAUAAAAGUGAUUAACUGGUUAAGAGAAACAAUUUCAACAACAACAACAGUGAACAAAAAGUGAGAAAUCAACAAAGUGUUUAUCAUAACCAAGUCUCCAUUUUGUUUUGUUGGGCCUUAAUCAUUUAUGGUCAACAAUCAAUUCUAAUUGUUAACGUGAUGAAAAAGAAUCAGCUGUUGAAUCAGUGAUACAAUUAGACUGAUUUCUUUUUCUAUAAAUAUAAUAUCAUUUCUUGUAUUUUCCCCAUGUGAUGAUUUGUUUUUCUUGUGUUAAUUUCACCUAAUCAAGUUUUUUUGUUGUUCUCUGGUUUUCUUUUAUAAUUUUUGUGUCCUAAUUGUGUUAAUUGUGCUAAUUGUUUGUGUAAGUGUGACAUUAAUUUCACUGGACAUGUCUCAGUGCCACCGGACAAUCAAAUUAAAUCAAUGGUGUCUAUUGAUUAUCAUAAUGUAUCUUUCACUUGACAAUGUUUCUGGUGAAACUGAUGAAGAUAUUGUUUCAAUUGAAGAGGCAAUUGAUGCUGGAAGGUUGGAUGAUUCCUCUGAAGAAAUUGAUAAUAAUGUCAACAUCGAGCUUCUUAAUUCCAAUGAUUUUGAUGACAUUGAUUCUAACAAUUUAACCUCAUCUAAUGAAUCCACUUCACAAGCAAUCGGAUUAAUUGGAGAGAUUAAAUCAAGUGAAGAGACUCUAAUCAAUCGGACUUCCAAUGCAACAAUCAAUGAAAAUAGAGUGGGUUGUACUCCAGUCAAUCUAACUGAAAGCGAGAUACCUGAAGUUAAGAUGGUUAAUUCGAAACAAUUUCUGGAAUAUAUUCUACCAAAAGGAAACGAUUCCGUAUGUGCAUUGGUGCUUUUCUAUUACCCUUGGUGCACUUUCAGCAUGAAAGCAACUGAAAAUUUCAAUGCAAUUGGCAAAGGGUAUCCUCAGCUCAAUGUGAUCGCUAUCAAUGCCUACCUACAUAAUAACAUCAACAUGAGGUUCGGGCUUGUCGGUGUUCCAACAAUACUUUUCUUUCAUAAUGGUAAAGUUGUCGCUAAAUAUAAUUCGACUGAAACAAGUUUAUUAUCUCUUGUCACAUUUAUCUAUCGAUUAACUGGCUUUGAACCCAAUCUAUCAGUUUUUAAAACGGAAGACGAUUGGACAAGCCCAUUACCGACAACACCACAACCAUCAGUUGAUUAUGUUCUCAUUCUUUCAGCCAUUUUUCUUCUUCUAACGACUUUCUAUCUAAUCGGGAGAUCAACUAUUCUCAAGAAAAUCAUUGAUUCGAUUCGAAACACAUGGAGAGAAGCUGAAGUUCAACAUCAACACGUUGAUUAGAAAUUGCCUAAUUUAAAUCUAUCAAAAGUUUUAUCACAAUCACAAAAUCAGUAACUUUAAUGGCAAAAAAUUACAACUAUUAAGCCUAAUCUUUACACAUUAAUACAACAAUUAACGACUUGCGUUCUUGAUUGUAUUCCCUAAAUUUUUUCAUGUCCCAAAGUGUAAUUAACUAACCCAAAACAAACUGUGAUGUAAUUAAUGUGCCUCGUGCACUAAAGACAAUAUUAAGGAUCACGAAAGUUAAAUUUAGUUGUAAUUUAGCAAAAAGUUCUUACAAUUAACUUAACUAUUCUGUUACCUUUUCAUAUUGUUAUUUAAAGUUACGAAGUCAAACUAGCUCAUCUCAUAUCAAUUCCUAUGGAUCGGAAUUAAAGAUUAAUCAAAAAAUGAUGAAAAUGAUUAAAAAUUAAUUUCUUAAAAUUCAAGUAUUGUUCAUAACUCGAUGUUAAUUGUAACAUUUGAACCGAUUAAGUGUAACUAUUAACUUUUUAUCGCUGAAAUAACAAAGAACGAGAUUACAAUUAGUAAA